GAAAUCAAUAUUCUUGAAAUUUCGCGUUGCAGCAUCGAGUGUUGGCUUGACAUGGCUGCGUUAACUCCUUUCAUCAAUGAUGUAGAAGAGAAGGUUAUUUGUUUCAUUUGUAGUAAAACCUUUACAGAUCCUAAAACUUUGCCAUGUUUGCACAGUUACUGUACAAAAUGUAUCACACAGUUGUACGAGAAGAGCGAAGAACUUGGGGAGGUUUAUGCUUGUCCUCAGUGUCAGACACGAAUCGACUUGUCGGAAGGAAGAGAUGCUGAUCAACGGCGUUCCUUCUACAUUGAUGCUCUUUUGAAAUUACUUGUCGCUAUGAAAAAUUCUUCAAUUCAAGAUAAAGAAGAGGAGGAAGAUAUGAUAAGAAGUGAAUGUACAAGCUGUGAAAAAUACGCCAAUCUUGUUGCAUUUUGCCCACAAUGUAAAGGAAUGAUUUGUCAAGAGUGUCUUGGUGCCCACAAAAGCGUGAACCAACUCCGACGUAAACAUCAGGUAGCCAUGUUAAAUGAAUUCAAACAAGAAAACUUGAAAGAUUUUGUCGAAAAACAAAUGUUCUGUAUGGAAGAAUCCCACGAGGAGAAUAGUGAUCAGCCAAUGGGUCAAUAUUUUUAUUGCAAAGAAGAGACUUGCAAACGCUUUAUUUGCCAAUGCUGCUUAUUAUUGGCCCACAGAAACCAUAACACAGAAAUGGUAGAAAAGGCAGGAAAACAGUUCAAGAAAACUAUAAAAGAAGACAUCGAUAGACUUAAAAAAGUCAAAGAGGGCUACGAAGAGGAGCUAUCGCUAUCCAAUCAAAACAUGGCUCGCAUUUUAAGCGAAGUAGAAUUAGCCAGGCUUAAAAUCGACGAAGAAAAGGAUGCCCUAAUCAAGAUGGUUAAUGACCACGCUAAAGCAAUGGACGAAGCUUUAGAUAAACUGUUACUUGACCAACGAACUGCAUACCAAGGUGAGCAAAGCACUAUUAACGAAGUUAAGAAGCAAGUAACUGAAUAUCAGGGCCGAUGUCAGAAUGUCAUUGAAAGAAAUAUAACGUACGAUAUGUUUGAAAGACAAGAACUAAUUCAAGAAAGGACUAAAGCUUUAUCACAACCAUCUUUCAAAGCAAUGAAGCGCUUGAGAGUACGAUACCGCAGCGGUGACUAUGCUGAUUUUUUGGACUCGGGUAUUGCGGGAAGCAUUGUUGAAAGCGUGAUUGACCCCUCACGCAGUUCCAUCGAAUCGCUGAAAGAGGUUAGACAAUGUUUUUUGAAUGAGUUUGAAGUCGUGACGAGAAACGCGGACGGCAAAAUGUGGUAUGCACCAGAAGAGACGAUUGAUAUAUCAAUCACUGAGGUCAAUGAUAAUGAUAAAGGGGCAAUUUAUUUCAAAUUCAAGAAUUUCUUGAAUAAAGAAAUAAUUGACGAGAAAAAUGGAAGGUACCGCGUGAGAUUUAGAGCUCCAGAAGCCACACAAUGCGAAAUUACAGCGAGGAUUAGAGGCGAGCCCAUUAAAAACUCACCACAAAGGGUAAAUACUAUCGACUUUAGCUCGAGAAUUGAAAGUGUAGCAACGUUUGGAGAAUACGGUGCUGGUAAAGGAAAGUUGAAGAUCCCUAGGUCCAUAGCUGCAAACAAGAGUGGGAAAAUAGCUGUUGUCGAUUCGCACCACAUACAAAUCUUUAGUGCAAGUGGCGAGCAUUUGGUAGAGAUUGGCUGUAAAGGAACAGAAGAUGGUGAACUUUCCAGGCCAUUUGGAGUCGUUUUCAUUCGUGAAAAUAAAAUCAUGGUCAGUGAUCAACCAGAUGACAAUGGCAGGAUUCAAGAAUUCAAUAUUAAUGGUUCGUACUUGAGAACUGUUUAUAGAUCUAAAGAUACCUGCGUACCACGUGGGAUGUGUGUUGCUGAUGACAAAAUUGCAGUGUGUUGUUGGGGAGAUAUCAAUCGAGGUGUAAGGCAUAGCAUUAUGCUGUUUAGUAAAGAAGGCGUGUUCAUCGAAGCGUUCCAUUGCACCGAAAAAGAAGAACGGCCUUUACACAUUUCUUUUAGUGGCGAUAAAUAUUUUGUGUCUUUCGUUGACAAAAACUAUGUUCGAGUUUUUGAUAAAUAUGGGUAUCUCUUGUGCGUCUUUGGAGAGGAAGGAGGUUUGUAUGGUCAGUUUGAUAAAGUACAAGGACUUGCAGCUUAUGGUCCGAAAUCGGUUCUUAUCUGCGAUGCAGAUAAUCAUCGUAUCCAAAAACUUACAGGCAAGGGGAAAUUCCAAAUGUCUUUUGGUUCCGGUGGGUCAGAUGAAGAUGAAAUGCUUUACCCUUGUGAUGUUGCUGUUGCAGCUGAUGGUCAAGUAUUCGUGCUGGAGUUAGAAGGGAAGAGAGUGCACGUAUGGAAAUAAACUAAUUUUCUGAUUUCCACAAGAAGACGAUACGGUCCGAUACAGUUGCAGAUUGAUACCAUAAGUCGUAGUUGUUGCUCCUUUAUGGUUUAUGGUUUGUGGUUGCUCAAUGAGCGACUUAUCCCUUUAGACUAUUUGAAAAUGAGGCUCUUGAAUUUUAACAAGACGCCCUAUAGGCAUUCACUGGGUUGUUUUUAAGAGACCGAUCCAGCCUAUGCUUUAGUGUCCACCGAACCAAUGGGUAGUUUUCCCAAUGGAACUACAGAAUAUCCGACCAACAAACUCCAAUUCAUAAAAAUAUUUUUUAAGUAGUUAUCAAUUUUUUUCUUAAUGCACCUUUAGAAUGCAUAUAGAUUCUAAGAUAGACAUUUACUUUUUUCAGCAAUCGGUGUCUGUUCCAUGACUUCCAUGGGCAAAAACACUUUUAGCUUGUUAUUCAACGUGUAGAAAUAGUAAUUAGGGAGGUAAAACAAUGAAUGCGGGAUGGGUGUAGUGUCAUUUGCAAACUUAUGCAGUGAUAUAUAAGAGAACCUCGCAAUCUGCUUACUCGUAAAAAAAGUUGCAAUAAUAAUUAAAAUAGAAGUGAUGCAAAUCAAUGACCCUCUUACAGCUGAUCACAGAACCGACGCGCGUAUAACAUGUAAUACCUUGGCGUACUUAUCACCUCAACUCCUAGCCUCCUUUGCAGCCGUUCUUCGCUGUAAUUUCGAUCGAGCUGAUUCAGCCCCAAAAAUGGGGCCGUUUCGGUGAGUAAAAUAUGGCACAUAUUUUGGGGCUGAUUUGGCCCUGUUUCUGAAGGGCUGAAUUGGACCUGGUCUUAAGGGCUGAAUUGAUAUUCAGAGGAGGAGCUAAAACGAACCCACACAAGUCUGUUUUGGAAAAUGAAGGGGCUGAUUUGAAAGAUAGAGGUUCUGUUUUGGAAUUCUUAGGAGCUAAAUUAAAUUUUCAUAGAGCUGAAACGUUACCAAAUUUAGGGUUGUUUUGGCCAUGAAUUGUUCAUACAUUGCUGUACAUGUCGUAUUUAGAAUUAUGACACUAUUUCUUAUAUUUUUUUUUAAAUUUAAAAGUUUAAUUUUGAAACCACACUGUUACAGUCAAUAAUACAUAUAUGCCAAAAUUUCAAACUUUGAUGCAAAAGGAUUACAUAUAUGUGGAAUAUUCAUAGUGCAGCGAUACACUUUACUACAUGCAGAUAGAUAACUAUGCAAAAGUAGCAUUGCCCAGGGUUGAAUCCUAGAGCAGCUUUGUCAGACACAACCUCUUCCCAUACAGAGUGGUUUUCAGGUUGUCCUUGACUUAAUUUAUGCAUUUGAAAUUGCACUAAUGAAAGAGGUCACCGACAUUAAGGUAUUUCUACUUCAAACAGUAUUUGUUACUAAGAAAGACAAAAUAAUCCCUCCCUUCUUAUAAACAAUGUUAAAAACAUAAAAAGAUCCCAGAAGAGCAAUAAUGCCAUCCAUGAUUGGGGGAGAGUGCAUGAUAUUCUUCCUUCACACAGGUAUGUAAAGGGCAUCCAAAUCAUGCAGCUCUCCCACUCCUACUAAMUGUGGCUGUACAAACUUCUGAUUUUCAUCAUCAAUGUUGGUGUCUCUCUGAAAAUAACAACAAAAAAACAAAAUUGAAAUUUGCAGCAAAUAUUGUUCAUGACAUGGUGAUGAAUACUCCAGUUUUGAGUUCCCUAUUGCAGUGUUAGCCUCAAUUGCAUGCAAUAUAUUCUUUAGCAUUGGUACAGCCCCUAGUAAUGAUUUUAGAAAUGUAUACAAUUAAACAAUACAAUUGCUUUAGAAUUCCACGGGUGUUGUUCUAAGUGCUGAAUAACUUACGCACAAUCGAGGCUAACCCAAAGCAAAAGGGAACUUGAAACUGGAGUAUUGGGAUAGCCCACUUUCGAUAUCCUAGUUGAGUGAUAUUGCAUACAUCUUAAGAACAUCUUAUGAGAUUUGGCAUAAGUUGGUUAAAGAAAAAAAUAUUACCUGUUAYAUCAGUCUUGACCAGACAAAGCAGCCUCCAUACUUGWAAGAUGUUUUUGCAUCUCUUUAUUUUUUCCAGCAUAUGUUAUAAUCUAAAGUGGAUURAUAAAUUCAUUUGYUAAUUUACUGCUGCUACAAARAAGAGAAUAAAAUAGCYAGAAUAUUUUA